AUGUCGUCGCAGUCUGAAGCUCUGGACAACAUCUUCUCCCGUCUCGGGAGCAAAUCAGAGGAAGUCCGCCUAGUCGCAGCCGAGGACCUCAAGGCCCACAUCAACUCGUCUACUGUAGAGUUCCCCGGUGACGACUCGAAGAAGAAUGUGUGGAGGGAGGUGUUCCACCGGACGUUUGAGCUCACGAGGAGCAACUCGACCUCCGAGCGCCUGGGUUCGAUAGUGGCAAUCGAUGCCAUGUUGGAGGAGACGUACAAUGACUCGCCAGACGGUGCACUCCAAAAUAACAUCCGCCUUUAUGGAUACCUGAGGCCUCUUCUGACGUACCCGGACUCGACCGUCAUGGUCGCAGCCGCGCACGUCGUGGGUAACAUGGUCAAACUGGCUGGUGCCAACCUUGGCGAGUCGUUCUUCAACAAGGAGGUUGGGCAAGCAAUCCAGAUGAUUGAUGACUCAAGGCAAGAAGUCGGGCGCUUCGGCGCUGUCCUCCUGCUCCACCAGCUCGCUGUGCACGCUCAAGGCCAGUUCUAUCCGUUCAUUCCCCGAGUACUGGAGAAGAUCUGGAUUCCGCUGCGCGACAGCAGGACAAUGGUCCGCGAACGCGCCUCGAUGCUUCUCUCGUCCUGUUUGGACAUUAUGAAGUCGCGUGAAAGGUCCAGCAACGAGAUCUACCAGGCCAUCUUCGAGGAGGCAAAGAGUGGUCUCAUGAAACCUAGCUCCGUUGACUCCAUCCUGGGAUCCCUGCUCGCUUUCAGCGCCAUGCUGCAGAACCAGCAAAUCUCCAUGGGCGAGUAUUAUCGCCAGAUUUGCGAGAUCACGCUCAAGUACCGCGACAGCAAGGAGACCGUCAUCCGCAAGUCGGUCAUCACUCUCAUCCCCAACAUGGCGACGUAUGACAGCGACGAGUUCGAAGUUCACUACCUGCACCGGAGCAUGGCGUACCUCUUGCAGGCGCUCCACAAACCAACUGACAGAGACAUUGCCUAUGUCGCGCUCGGCCACCUUUCGACCCAGCUGGCCUCCAAGAUGCGGCCCUUCCUUGAAGACGUCGUCCAGGUCAUCAAGGAGCACCUGCGGAUGCGCGGCAAGAAGGGAGCGCCGUUCGAGGCGCCCAUCUUCCAGUGUCUCGCCAUGCUCACGACGGCUGUGGGCCCGAUGCUCACGAGACAGAUGCACGAGAUCCUGGACCUCAUGUUCCCUUGGGGACUGUCUGAGGCGCUCUACCACGCGCUCGAGGUCAUAUCGACCCACAUCCCGCCUCUCCUUCGCACCAUCCAGGAUCGUCUACUCGAGACACUAUCUAUCAUCUUAACUGGUCGCUCCUUCCGCCCGCUUGGCGCACCAGCGCGGCGCGCCAAAGGCAGCGAAAUCACGCGCGACGCUGUUAUUCAGGCGUCCGGCGGCGGGCAGUCAGCAGAGACGAUUGCAUUGGCGCUCAAGGUCCUCGGCAACUUUGACUUUGUGGGCCACACUCUCAACGAGUUUGUGCAGGAGGCAGCGCUACCCUAUCUCGAGCACGACAGUCCAGACGUGCGCAAGGAGGCUGUCUUAGCGUCUACGCAACUCUUCGUGAACGACCCCAUCUGCAACCAGACGAGCAGCCACGCCAUCGAAAUUGUCAAUGAUGUCCUGGAAAAGCUCCUCACCGUUGGUAUCACGGACCAGGCUCCGGCGAUCCGACAAGCCGUUCUCGAGAGCCUGGAUGAGAAGUUCGACCGGCAUCUUGCGCAGGCGGAGGACAUUCGGUGUCUGUUUGUCGCGCUCAACGAUGAGGAGUUCAAGAUUCGUGAGCUCGCCAUCGGUAUCAUCGGCCGCCUGGCCCACCACAACCCGGCCUACGUCAUGCCCUCUCUGCGGAAGUCACUUAUUAACCUGAUCACCGAGCUCGAGUACUCGACGGCCAACAAGCAGAAGGAGGAGAGCGCAAAGCUGCUAUGUCUCUUAAUCGGUGCGUCGUCGAGCCUGGUCAAGUCGUACGCCUCGACUAUCCUCUCGGUGAUCCUCCGCAUUGCACGGUCUCCGUCGACCCCGGCCACUGUGACGGCGUCCUGCGUCAACUGCAUUGGCGAGCUCGCGCGCGUCGCGGGCGAGGAGCUCGUCUCCAGCGCCCAGACGAUCAUGGACUUACUGCUCGAGCUGCUGAAUGAUCCUGCGUCGACCGUGAAGCGCAACGCUGCGCUCAAGACGCUCGGCCAGGUCGUGUCCAACACCGGCGAGGUCAUCACUCCGUACAGCGACUACCCUCAGCUGCUGGGCAUCCUGUUCCGCAUCCUCCGGUUGGAGACGUCUCCGCAGAUCCGCUUAGAGGCCAUCCGCACAUUGGGUAUGUUAGGUGCCCUGGAUCCAUUCAAGCACAAGCAGCUUCUGGGUGGCGACAACGACAACACGACCGAGUCGACAGGCCCGCGGGUGACGGAUAUCACAUUGCUAAUGAACCACAACGGGGGCUCCAACGACGAGUAUUACCAGAUGGUCGUCAUCAACUCGCUCGUCAACGUGCUCAACGACGCCAACAUGAAGGAGCACCACUACGACGCGAUCAAUUCGGUCAUGCUCAUCUUCCGCACUCAACGGUUGCGCUGCGUUGGCUUCUUACCUCAAAUCUUGCCGGCUUUCCUCGGUGUCAUUCGUAUGGGCUCGCGGGACUCGCAGGAUGUGUUCCUCAAGCAGCUCGCGCAGCUCAUCUCCAUUGUCAAGCAGCACAUCCGCAACUACCUCUCCGAGGUGUUCGCGCUCGUCCACGACUACUGGAACCCCAACUCGAUGAUGCAGAUCACCAUCAUUUCGCUCGUCGAGGCCAUCGCGCGCGCAGUCGAAGGCGAGUUCAAGGCCUACCUCCCGCAGCUCCUGCAACAGAUCCUGCGCACCUUCGACGGCGACCUCUCCGCGCGGAACCUCACCGACCAGCGUGAGAACACGCUCCUUCAUAUCCUAAAGGCGUUCAUCGUCUUCGGCUCCAGCAUCGAGGACUACUUGCACCUCGUACUGCCAGUCAUCAUCCGCAGUUUUGAGAACCCGGCUGCGCCGACCAAGCUCCGCAAGGCCGCACUCGCGACCACCGCACAGCUGUGCCGCAAGGUCAACUUCAGCGACCACGCCUCGCAGAUUAUCCAUCCCCUCGUACGGACGCUUAGUACGCCGGACAUUGAGCUGCGCAAUGCAGCGAUGGAGACGCUGUGCGUCUUAGUCCUCCAGUUUGGAACAGACUAUGCCAUCUUCAUCCCGAUGGUCAAUAAGGCUCUGCUUGAGAACAAGAUUGUGUGGCCGAUGUACGACCAGAUGGUUACCAAGCUGCUGAACCGCGAGCGGCUGCCUCCCGAUCUCGGCCCCGUCGAGCAGUACGCGGCUGACUCGACGAACGAGGUCUCCGUAUCGGCGGAGCAGCCAAAGCUUCCGGUCAACCAGCAGCAGCUCAAGUCUGCAUGGGACUGCUCGAACGUCACCACCAAGAAGGAGUGGCUCGAGUGGCUCAAGAAGCUCGGCGUCGAGUUCAUGCGCGAGUCGCCAUCACAAGCCAUCCGUGCGUGCACCAAGCUCGCUGACCAGCAUGGUGCGUUCGCACGCGAGCUCUUCAACGUUGCAUUUGUGUCGUGCUGGACUGAGCUGUACGAGAGCUACCAGGAGGACCUCGUCCACAACCUCGAGCAGGCGCUCACCAACGACGGUGUGCCGUCCGAGGUCGUCAACACCAUUCUGAACCUCGCAGAGUUCAUGGAGCACGACGACAAACCGCUCGCCUUAGAACCCCGUCUCCUUGGCGAUUACGCCACGGCGUUCCACGCCUACGCCAAGGCGCUGCACUACAAGGAGCUCGAGUUCUUUGUCGACGCUUCGGCAACAGUCGUGGAGGACCUUAUCUCUGUCAACCAAAAGCUGCAGCAGAGCGACGCAGCGUGGGGUACGCUCGAGUACGCCCAGAACAACCUCCAGAUGACACAUGACGUCUUAUGGUACGAAAAAUUAGGGCGCUGGGAGGAGGCGCUCGAGGUCUGGAACGACCGCAGCGCCGACCCGGACACGCGGUUCGACGAACAGACGCUCGCCAUGGGCAAGUUCCAGGCGCUCCAUGCGCUGGGCGAGUGGGAGGAGUUGGCGGACGUUAUUCAGGUGAGAUGGCCGAACGCCGCCGGCGAGGAGAAGAAGACGAUCGCACCACUUGGAGCCGCCGCCUCGUGGGCGCUGUACCAAUGGGACAUGAUGGACGACUACAUCUCGGCGAUGAAGACGGACUCGGCGGACCGCAACUUCUUCAAGGCCAUCCUCGCUGUGCACCGAAACCAGUUCACGUCGGCCAAGAGGCACAUCACCAAGGCCCGCGAGAGAUUGGACGGCGAGCUUACCACCCUCACAGGAGAGAGCUACGGCCGCGCCUACGACGUCAUUGUCCGCGUGCAGAUGUUGUCCGAGCUUGAGGAGAUCAUCUCGUACAAGGACCAUGCCGAUCAACCAGAGCGACAGGCGACUCAGCGACAGACGUGGCAUAAGCGUCUCGCAGGAUGCCAGCGCGAUGUUGAGGUCUGGCAGCGUAUUCUCCAGGUCCGCUCACUUGUUCUCACGCCAAGCGAGGACAUGGAGACAUGGAUCAGCUUUGCUGACCUGUGUCGCGUGUCCGACAGACUCAACCUGGCGGAGAAGACGCUCACGUCUCUCGUCGGCAGCUCAUGCAGCAACCUCGACGCCGAGGUAGGUGCACCCGAUGGCUCUUCUGACAACGCUCAGAGUCGGUCUCGUGCACCACCACCAAUCGUGUUCGCCUACUACCGGCUCAAGUGGGCACAGGCGGUGGCCGGCAACUCGCGCGAUGAGCGCAUCGAGACACUCGGCUAUUUGCACGACUUUACGCAGACGCUGUCGGACGACAUGGGUCUGGGACCGCGGGACGGCCAGGGACGCCUGAUCCUGCCCGACGCCAAGCUGUACGGCGAGUACACCAAGCUCCUCGCCAGAUGCCACGUCGAGCUCGGCAAGUGGGAGGCGUCGAUGAUGGAGCAAGGAUUCACUGCGGCGCCUGCGAGUGUCCUCAGCAACUACGCGCUGGCCACGGAGCUCGACACCGACUGGUACAAUGCAUGGCACACAUGGGCGCUCGCGAACUUCGAGGUCAUCGGCAACCUUGAAGUGUCGCAGGGCGGCCUGCAGCCGGCUCACUUUGCAACGUACAUCAUCCCCGCUGUAGAGGGCUUCCUGCGCUCAAUUGCGCUAUCGCCUGGUAACUCUCUGCAAGACACACUGCGUCUCCUCACGCUCUGGUUCAAGUACGGUUACCAGUCGGGUGUCAACCAGGCAAUCCAGCAGGGCAUGGCGUCGGUCAAUAUCGACGUUUGGCUCGAGGUCAUUCCGCAGAUCAUUGCGCGUAUUCAGACGCCGCGGCCGACGAUCCGCGAGCUCAUUGUCAGACUACUCCAUUCCAUCGGUCGCGCGCACCCUCAAGCGCUCAUCUACCCUCUCACGGUGGCGUCCAAGUCGAACGUCGCGACGCGCAAGCAGGUCGCGCAGGACAUCAUGGACAAGAUGCGCGAGCACUCGGCGACGAUUGUCGACCAGGCCGACCUGGUCAGUACAGAGCUCAUCCGCGCCGCCAUUCUUUGGCACGAGCAGUGGCACGAGGGCUUGGAAGAGGCGUCUAAGCAUUACUUCGCGGACCACAACGAGGAGGCCAUGUUCGAGGUGCUUGAGCCUUUGCACGACAUGAUAGAGAAAGGUCCCGAGACCGUGAGGGAGACGUCAUUUGUGCAGAGCUUCGGCCACGAGCUGCGCAUGGCGAGGGACUUUUGUAAACGGUACAAGCUCCACGGUGACUUGAACGACCUCAACCAAGCGUGGGAUAUCUACUGUUCGACCUUCCAGCGCCUUGCCAGACAGAUCAAGUUGCUCAACGUCAUCGAACUGCAGUACGUCUCGCCCAAGCUCAUGAACGUGCGCGACCUAGACCUCGCUGUGCCAGGAACGUACCAGAGCGGCAAGCCCGUCAUUGGUAUUGCCUACGUUCUCCCGACAUUUACGGUCAUCAACUCGAAGCAGAGGCCGCGCCGCUUCACAAUGCGUGGUCGCGACGGCAAAGAGUACACCUUUGUGCUCAAGGGCCACGAAGACUUGCGACAGGACGAGCGUGUCAUGCAGCUCUUCGGGUUGGUCAACACCCUGCUCAGCGCCGACCAGGAGUCUGCGAAGCGCCACCUCAGCAUCCGGCAGUUCUCCAUCACUCCGCUGUCGCCUGGCGCAGGUCUGCUCGGAUGGGUGCCCCACAGCGACACGCUCCAUGCGUUAAUCAAGAGCUACCGCGACUCGCGUAAUAUCCUGAUCGACAUCGAGACCCGCCUCAUGAACCAGAUGGCUGACGACAACUACGAUUCGCUCCCGUUACUCCACAAGGUGGAGGUGUUCCAGUACGCAUUAGACAACACAACCGGCCAGGACCUGUAUCGCAUCCUGUGGCUGCGCUCGCGUAACUCGGAGUCAUGGCUCGAACGGCGUACGACGUACACACGUUCGCUGGCACUCACGUCCAUGGUGGGCUACAUUCUUGGUCUGGGCGACCGACACCCGUCCAACCUGAUGCUGGACCAGAUCACCGGCGAGAUCGUGCACAUCGACUUCGGCGACUGCUUCGAGGUCGCGAUGCAGCGUGACAAGUACCCCGAAAAAGUGCCAUUCCGCCUCACGCGCAUGCUCAUCCACGCGAUGGAGGUGUGUGGGAUCACGGGCACGUUCUCGCGCUCGUGCGAGGUAUCGAUGGAGGUGCUGCGUGCGAACAAGGAGUCGCUCAUGGCUGUACUCGAGGCGUUCGUGUACGACCCAUUGAUCAACUGGCGUCUCACGGCUGGCCAAGCGGGACAAAGGCCUGGUCAGCACGACGUCGAGGAGCGCGGCGGGCAGCCGUACGCUGUGCAGCGCGGUGGGCGCGCCGACGAGCGCGACAUCCUCGUCGAGGCGGACCGGCCUGAGGUCAUGAACGACAAGGCAUUACAGGUUGUCGAGCGUGUACGCCGCAAGCUCACUGGACGCGACUUCAAGCCGACGGUGACGUUGGAUAUUAAGGAGCAGGUCGAGGAGCUGGUGUCGCAGGCGACGAGCGUCGAGAACCUCUGCGUCGCGUUCGUCGGAUGGUGCAGCUUCUGGUGA